AUGAGGAAACUCUUAUUAAAGUGGGUGGGGCAACUUCAUAACUAUCAUGCCCACCUUGAGUCAAUUGGUGUUACAUUUAAGGAAGCUCUUAGCUCCGCCCACUUCCUGUCACCUAUAAAGGACUCUGUUAGUGAGCUUCUCGUUGUGUGUUUGGAAAUGGAAAUAUUCCCCUCCAAGGGGUCCAGAGAUGAUCUAUCUAAAGAGUCGUCUGAAGAUGCAAAGGGGUCUGGAACACAAAGAGAAAUACCUGUAGCUGAGGGGUCUGGGGUUGAUUCUGGAACUUUGGAUAAUAAUGCUUCAUCAAUUGAUACUGGGUCUGAAAUUAAACCCAAGGGGUCUGAUGGUGCAAAUUGUGUUUCCAAGGGACCCGGUGAUGAUGGACUGUUUGUUGAUUUUAUCGCUACUUAUUAUAGCCACGCCCUCUCUUAUGACGUCAUUAAAGUUCAUAUUAAUAAAGCUCAGCUAGCCAAGACCACUUCAGUUUGGAGGGAACUAGCAGCUGGGGAACAAGAAGAAGUGGAUCAGACCAGUGCCGAUAUUAAUGAGAGUGACACGCCUCCUUUAAUUACCCCUAGAGCAUUAUCAAAUUUAUAUACUAAGGAUCCCAAUGCCUUCUUAUCAGUAGGUGUGGCUAGUUUCCCUUCCAUUAAGCUGUGGGAAGUCAUUGCUUUAUGUCAGUUAGAUUAUUUCGAAGAUAAAAUGGGGGUCAAUGCCGAUUUGACUACCUAUUGUAAAUACCUGGAUGCUAUUUUUAGCAAGCAUAGUCCGUCCUCUUUGGACUUGAUGAAUUAUUUUAAUGAUCCACAGCUUAUCAUAGUAUCUGUGGCAGCUGUACUUUUAGCCCUGCCCACACAGGAAGUGAAAGACCAACAAGGCAAUCCUAUUGAGGGAAGUCAUUUAGCGUCUUGGCCUCAUGAAACCAGCUUGACUGGUUUGACUCGCGUGACAUGUACUUCAACAGAAGUGGGAGUGGUCGAAAAUGUUGCAUCAAUGUUUGAAAGAGAGGGAUAUUGGAAAGGUUAUGUACAGAUUUGUGUGUCGAAGAAAAAGAAAGAGCAAUUGAUUAAAGUGGCAGCGUAUCUUAGAAGUUCAUCUCUACUCCACGAACUAACAAGCAAUGGCUACCCAUUCAAAUCCACGAGCGUUUGGAAGUCAUUCACAGGCCAGCUAGUGGAACUGGUCAUUCCGGUUCAUCCAGUUAGUCCUGAUGGGUUGAACUGGGAUGUCGUCCUCAGGGAAAUGGUCUGUAUGAUCGGAGUGGAAGAGACUGGGAAGGUUCUUGAGACAUUAGACGGUGUAUCAUGGAGCCUGCCCCAUCAGCUUCAUGAGCUCUUUGUGAGGCUAGCAUCAGUUCACAAAGAACAGAGGACGAUAGCUCAUAAUCUACUAGAGAAGGUUGAUCGGUAUCUCUGGUCUGUCCGACCCACGACUUUAGGACCUCACGUGUCUAUAGUACUUCAAAAAGACGAGGCUAAAAGUACUGAAGAAGAAACGAAUGAUGAUACCACAAAAACUGAAGCUUUACGAGACAUAAUGUCUCCACCCCCUUUGCCAUACCCACUGAUAUCGCCGAUAACUAUGGAAGACUGGGCCUCUCAUUGGGGUAUUAGAACAAGCACCAGUCGGUGUGGCUUGUGCGGUCAUUCAUUGAUGAAUAGGAUAUCGGAUAAGGAGAGAGGUGGGAUCGGAUUCCAGUGUGGGCAUGCCUUUCACAAGCAGUGUUGUCCUGAGCAAGCAUGUACACUGUGCUUUUUAUUGAAGUAUAAGAAUCAUUUGACUAAUAAUGCUAACAAGAGAUGA